AUGCUGAGCUCACAGAACCCGGCGGUAACGCAACCGCCAACGGCAGGGCAUGGCUCUUCGUUGCCCUCUCUAGACUUUGGCAACUUCAGGGCAUCAACGUCACAGAACAGCUACUAUCCGUCUGCUACCCAGCAACAACCACAAAGCUCUACGCAAAGUAGUUACUAUCCAUCACCAUCAACACCGCAGCAAGGCUCAUACCCAGGUUUCCAAGGGACGGCACCCUCGCAUAUAUCCCCAACUGGUUAUUCACCAUCGACAUCCCAAGGGAAUACGUCACGGGGAUUGGGAUCGAUAUCGAGCAGCGGCAGCAGCGGAUCUGGGCUACAGUACGGCAGCAGACCUCAGCAAUAUGGUCUCCAGUCUCACCACCACUACUCGCUCAACGGGCACGGUCCUGUUAUGAGCAACAUGCACCAGCCCGGCGCACCGUUGGCCAUGGUGGGCAUGUCAAGCAUACAUUAUGGCACCCACCAUCCGAUGACUCAGUACCAUCGGUAUGGGGCUAGCCAUGAGCAACUGGGACCUCGUCAAGGGGACCGACCAUACAAAUGUGAUCAGUGCACACAGGGCUUCAACAGGAACCAUGACUUAAAGCGUCACAAGAGGAUACAUUUGGCAACGAAGCCCUAUCCUUGUGGCAACUGUGAGAAGUCUUUUUCGAGGAAGGAUGCGUUAAAGCGUCACAGACUAGUCAAGGGUUGCGGAAAGAAUGACCAGGUCAACGGAAAGAAUGACCAGACCAACGGAAAGAAUGACCAGACCAACGGAAACAAUGCCGGUGGCAAGCCGGGAGGAAUGACGGGGCUAGACAACAACACAAGACCACCGGGCGACUACUCGCUAAGCUCCAGGACCUCCCCGAUGGAGCGCUUCGACGAAAGCGAUGAUGCAGCAGUGUCGCGAUUGGCAGUGUAA